AUGAUAAGAAAUUACAACAACGCUCUUGCCUUCGCAUCCAUGGGAGCACAAAUCGACAGUCCACCAGGUCGCGGCCCCUAUUGCUUUCGAAUCCACGGGCAGAUAUAUCACAAUACAACAGCUAUUGGAUACCAACACGAAGACAAUGCUCCAAAAUACGCCCAACUGUAUUUCAUUGAUUCUUCUCAGGCAAACGAAUUUCGGGCCAGUAAUCCUGCCAACGUUCGCUGUGACCGUUUUCUGAUGGAACAAUUGGAUUCUCUUCUUCGUCAAUGUAAUCCCUAUGCUGCCAUGUAUAAGAAUAUGAGUCAAAUGGCAGCCGAGGAGGAUCUUCUUGCCGAAAUGGAGGGUAGAAGACCCAUGGAAAUUGGAAUGAUUAUCCGUAAUGACCGUCGGACACAGGAUGAGAGGCGUUACAACAGCCCCACAGGAGAAGAAAUAGCAGUGGUUUUCAAAAGCAUUGAUGGUGCUCCACCCGAAAAUAGGGAUAUACGCGGCCAUCUCUUAAUUCCACGAAGAGGAAAUCGAUUCAUUCUAAUCGACACUCAAAAACCAAUGUGCGAUCCCAUGACAUAUCCAUUACUCUUUCCUAAUGGAGACAAUGGCUGGGAUCAGAACAUGAUUCACACCAAUCCAGCUAUUUCAGAUAACUACCAAAAUAAUGAAAGCAAUUGCUCACAAGAAGAUGAUAUGAUGGACUGUGAAGCUCAAGUUCUAUGUGAUACUCCAGAUAAUCCUGUACCAGACGUUGUAGAACCGGAACUGGAACCGGAAGAUGCCCUUGAUAUAGACCCUGAUGCACCUGUAGUGAGAAGAGUUGGUCAUCGGUCAAGAAUCACACAAUGCGAAUUCUAUAGCAGCAGAAUGUCCAUUCGUGGAUACUUCAACGCAUCCUUAUACGGCGGUCCACUCACUCAGCAGUGGAUAGUUGAUUCGUACGUUAAAGUUGAAGCUAACCGAGUGAAGUAUCUUCAGACACAUCAGGCAGAUCUACACGUCGCGCAGUACAAUGGACUUACGGAUUAUUUGAAUACUCGAGCGGAAAGAGAGAACAUGACUGUCGGGACUUCGGUCAUCUUACCAUCAUCUUUCCUUGGAAGUCCAAGGGCCAUGAAGCAGGGGUACCAAGACGCGAUGGCUAUUUGUGGAAAAUUUGGAAAGCCCACCUUUUUCCUUACUUUUACCUGCAACCCGAAAUGGCCAGAGAUCACAGAAAAUAUUGAAGCUUACCAAAUUCCAUCGAAUAGGCCUGAUAUUGUUUCAAGAGUCUAUCAUCUUAAACUGAAAGAAUUAAUAAAGGAUAUUCAAGAACGUCAAAUUUUGGGGAUUAUUGUUGCGAGGAUUCAUGUCAUCGAAUUCCAGAAGCGUGGUCUUCCACAUGCCCAUCUACUGAUGUGGAUAGAUGAGAAUGACGUUCCAACAACUGAAGAAGAUAUAGACAAAACGAUAUGUGCUGAAAUUCCGGAUCCAGAAGUGAACCCGAUACUUCACAAGAUUGUAAUGAGCAACAUGAUUCACGGCCCAUGCGGAAAGGAAAUUAAUCGCAAUUCUCCUUGCAUGGAUGGUGAUAUAUGCACAAAAUCGCUUCCAAAACCAUUUGCGGAAGAAACGAUCAUCAACGGAAAUGGAUAUCCCACUUAUCGAAGGAGAAAUAACGGUCGUAGCUACUCGCUCAACAACAACAGCAGCAGUCACCGAGUGGGCAACAGCUGGGUCGUCCCCUACAACCCUUACCUUCACUAA